CAGCAUGGAUGAUACUAAAGUAUCAUCAUAUUGCUAUUGGGGCACUAGCAUCUUCAGCUCCAAUUCUUGAGUUUGAAGAUAUUGUUCCACUAGAAACUUUCUAUGACAUUGUUUCCAAUGGUUUUAAGCGCGAAAGUUCCACUUGCUUUAACUAUAUAAAACAGUCAUGGGAUGAAAUAGAAUCUAAGGGUCAAACUAGCGAUGGCCUUGAAUUUCUGAGCAAAACAUUCAACUUUUGUCAGAAAUUAAAGAGCACUGGAGAUUUAUUCGGUUGGUUGGAGUCUGCAUAUAGUUAUUUGGCUAUGGUUAACUACCCUUACCCUUCUGAGUUUAUGAAGCUUUUGCCUGGACACCCUAUCAAGGAGGUUUGCAGAAGAAUAGACGGAGGCCCGGCUGGGACUAGUAUUCUAGAGCGCAUAUAUGAAGGAGUGAAUGUCUACUACAAUUAUACUGGAGAAGCUAAGUGUUUUGAACUAGAUGAUGAUCCUCAUGGCCUGAGUGGUUGGGACUUUCAGGCAUGUACUGAAAUGGUUAUGCCAAUGUCUUGUAGCAAGGAGUCCAGCAUGUAUCCACCAUAUGAAUAUAAUUACUCUUCUUUCGAAGAGGAUUGCUUCAAGAAAUUCGGAGUGAAGCCAAGGCCACGUUGGAUUUGGAUUAGUACAGAAUUUGGAGGGCAUGAUGGUUGGACACCAUUACAUCUUGCAGUUCAAACUCAGAGAAAUGAUGUAGUAAAGCUUCUGGUGAUUAAAGGCGCUGAUAAGACAUUAAAAAACAAGGACCAAGAAUUUUAA